UAAGAUUGAUUUUAGAAAAUAAUUUAAAUAAUUUUGUUUUUGGAAAGAAGUUCCAAAUGAAUAAAAUAUAAAAGAAUCAUGCUAAUAUAAACACUAUUGUAACUAUGGCAAAGGUUUAGCUAACGAAAAAAUGAGCUGUUACUUUUCAAAAAGAAAGGAAGGUGAGAAAUUGCAAGAUGACACAAGUGCUACUAAGCGUAAAAAGAUAAGGCAGUCAAAAAAAGAAAGACUCUAUGCUCCAGAUAAAAAACUUGGUGGUUUGUCUGAAGUAGAGGUUAUGAAGUUAAUGGUACCAGACCUUCUUGAAGAACAUUUAGAUAUUAUCUUUGUUGGUAUUAAUCCAGGUUUAGUUUCUGCAUAUCGAGGUCAUCAUUACUCUGGAAAUAACAACCAUUUUUGGCCAUUGUUGUUUGAAAGCGGGUUGAUAAGCGAACCAUUAACUUGGCAAAAUGAUUAUAAAUGUUUACAGUACAAAAUUGGUAUGACUAAUAUUGUUUCCCGAACAACAAGGUCUGCAGCCGAGUUAACAAAAUCUGAAAUCAGAAGUGGUAAAAGUUCUAUUGUUGAGAUGAUAAAAAAACUGAACCCCCUGGUUGUGUGUUUUAAUGGCAAAGGUAUUUAUGAAGUUUUUUCUGGAAAAAAGAAAUGUGAAAUUGGACAACAAGAGAAUAUUUUUAAUUCGGCUGUGUACGUAAUGCCUUCUACUUCCGGUUUAGUUACACAGUAUCCUCGUAAAGAAGACAAACUUGUAUUUUUCCAACAAUUAAAAGAAUUACGUGAUCGGCUGAAAAAACAAACAAAAAAUGAUUAAUGUAACCAAACUUAAAAUAUAGUCUUUUCGACUGCUUUUGUUA